AUGCACCCUCCUAAGCCUGAACUGAUCCUGAAUCUUCAAUCAUCUGAUCAAUCAACACCAGACGUAAAGCAUUUGAAACUGGAUCAGCUAAAGAAGAGCAGCAAGGUUCGGAACGCUGCACUAGGAUCUGCGAUAGCGAAAGUGAAGCUAAGCGAAACGGAUAUACAGAAUACAGAUGGAUCGAAUCCUCGCCUUCCGCCGUUUGCUUUUAGUGGUGAUGAAAAACACGUUGGUACAAAGUCACUCAACGAGCUUGAAUCGAUUCAAUCGGUGACAACAACGCUUUCACCUACUACUGCGUUUGAAGACGCAAGAGUAGCUGACUCUUUGGCAGAAAUGGAUCGUAUGGAAGCUGAGCAGAAACAAGCAGCUUCGUGGCAAUCUGCAAGAGCCAUCGGAGCCGCUGGAGCACAAAUACCGCCGAUGGAAAGUGUGGAAGAAUCUGUGGAUACGGUGAUUGAAUUAGGCUCUACCUCAACUGUAGCUUCCACAGAAGCGCCAUCUGGUACGGAGUCUUUGGAUCCAAUUGCAGAGUACAAUCGUAAAAUCGUAGAGAGUGGACGCAACAUCGUUCCUGUUCGGCUUUUCUUUGACACUGAUCCUCAUCCUGAAAUGCUACUGGAAGAGUCAUUCAAGCGUUCUAUCAGUUCCCCAGCUGAAACUGAUAAAACCACCAAACUUGUGGCAAGCGCUGAGAAAACUUUUGACGGUUUAGCUGUGACAAAUCAAUUUCAAACGACGUCUAAACAAGCGCUACUGCUCAGCUCGGAAUCACCUACACCGUCCACCAUAGCCAUUACCAAAAGUUCCGUACCUGUAAGAGAGCAAAUUUUGAUCACAGGUGUAACAAAGGGCGUAGAAGAUAUUGAUGGAAGUGGAUGGCCACCCACGACGACUAUAGGAAGUGCAAUAGACGCGCAGGAAGAGCUUCUUACUGCUGGUCUGCACACUGGUGAAGUUGGGAAAACAACUCAAGCGCUCAAUCUGAAGCCUAAACCAAUCGUUUCGGGAGAAGUGAUAGAGAGCAGUGUUACCACAUUUGAAGCAAAUCCUCCAGCGACAACCAAAUUCACGGGCACUGCAAGUUCUGAGACGCAUCCAACAUCAUCUGGCUCAGGCACUUCACUAUCAGGAUCGGAAUUCGAUCUUUCUUCGAAUACUGAUGCGUUUUUACCGACAAAUAUUGGAGAACAGUCAACAAAUGUUGCUACCAACCCGUCAUCAUCUAGCAUAACUACUGCUAUUAAGACGAUACCUGUUGCUGUUUCUGAAUCAAAAAUUGAUUCUGAAGUAACUACUGCCCUUCGAAGCGCCUUCGAUGAGCGGUCGUCUACCACUAUUGACAUUACUUCGACUACACUCGAUUUGAAGACACCUGUUGACAUUACAACGGAUGCUGAAAGAACUUUUGAAAGCUUGAAGUCUAAAUCUGGCACUAAGGCCCCAAAGAAAAGUGCAGCCAGGACCACUGUUAGCGAUUCGUUAUCAAAGAUACCCGACUCUGAGCAGUCGACGAAGAUCACGACGGGAGCAAUCAGUACUGGAGAGUCUUCUGAAAUUGCAAAGGCUUCACAAAUGGCCUCCGAUAGUCAAUCUUUAGAAGCUGGUGCCAGUUCGCCAAUUUCCGCAGAAGGCACCUCUUCCGAUUUCGCAGGUAAUGGCGCAACGCACUCUGCAACAUUCGAUGGCAAAUUUUCCUCAUUAGACACUGACAUUUCCUCAACAUCUCAUGGCAUGACUUCCGAUCUUGCAACAAAUCCUCAAACAAUAUCUGAUACGAAGUCAUCUGUAACCUUGACAAAUCCGGCCACAUUUGAGCCAGAGUUUGCUAGUGACACUGACAAUACCGACGCCCAGUCACCUGCUACAUUCGAUGCCAUUUCGACUGUUAUUGCAACAGACGCACAAAGCUCUCCUAGAACCUCAUCGUCAAAAGUCGCUUCAACUGACGAACCCACAACAUUUUCUGAAGAUAUCACACGCUUUGAGAAAAUGAUUGAAGUGCGACCAGCGCCAUCUACCCAGAAAGCCGAAGAACCACUGGAAAUGAUAGCUUUGCCUAAGGAAGAACAAGCAGACGAAGGAUUGAGCACAAGUAGUACGCCAGCAACUAUCACCGAGGAAGUACAUUCUGAGGCCACUGUUACUGUUCCAAUUCCAGUGGAGGCUGCAACGCGCCCAACAACCGGCGGCCCCUCUGAUUCGUUGCCAACUAUGCUUACAAUGCCAUCAUUAUCUGCACUUUCAUCAUUUUCUUCACUGAGCACACCAGUAGAGAUCGCUACUCGCCCAAGACAAACACCUAAGCCUGCAGUUGUAGCUCCUGUACCAUCUUUGCCACUCGUGAAAAAAUCAUCUGGCAUAAUCGGCUCCAGAAAUGUGCCCAAAAAGCCAAGAAGAAAAAUUUUGAGGGGUCGAAAGGUGGAUAUCUCAGACUCGGAUCGAGAAAUUUUGGCUAAAACAACGAGGACUAGACCAGUAAGCGCUGCGGAGCGACCGCUUUACAUCAAACAGCGACUGGGCAAUCCUACAAUACAACGGAAAUCAGUUCAUGCGUUGCGCUCUGGGAUUCAGCGACCGGUAUCGGUAAACGAAUCUGCUUCCCAAAUUAUGUUGAGGAAAGUUCAUCCUGACCAGCAGAUCUAUCACCGCACUUUCAAGAUUGAUCGACCAAAACGAAUGCGGGUACGAGCGAAGAACCAACGAGGUAUUGCUGCUCGACAAGGAGGAUCAGCUACGAAUGUUCGUUCAUCUUUCCCCAUACCUGGGUCGUCGCAUUUGAAUUCUGCAUCACAACUCAUUAUAACAUCUCCUUUGCCACCAAAAUCACCACCAACGCUAAAACGAGUAGCCGUGCAGCCUUAUUCACUAAGUCGUCAACCAAUAUUUGGCGCAUCGCAUCAACAAGUCCCAGCAGUUCAACAUUCCCUCAGCCCAGCCCCGAGAGCGGAUCAGGCAGCAAUUACCCUCGAUCAGCUACCGCAGAGACUCUCCAUUGCUUCACCCUUAACAAGAACUAUGAUGCCGCCACUAAAUGCUGCAGUCAAACUACCUCUGACAAAAAUAGAACCAACUAGUGAAACCGUGCAAAGGCUAAGCGACUGGGAUCGAAUUCGAGCAGAGUUUUUGAGAAUUAAACGCCAACAACGAAAACUUCGAAGGAAACAACGCGAAGAGCGCGCUCGUGCUGCGGCUGGAGUAAAAACGCUUACAGGGGACCGUGUCCCUUCAGCGGUAGGAGAGCGCACACAUAAUCAUCGCCAUCCCCACAAUGGCGAAAUUGCUCGAGGAGUAGUGUGGCGAGAGAUUGACUCAAACAGAGAUUCCAGGGCGCUUCGAGUCGACGUUGAUCCUUCUCGACGAACUAUCGAUCGGGAUGCAAUAGUCAAUUUGUAG